UGGUUAUCUUAAGUUUAUUCAUGUCUAUUUAGACGCGAAUAUUUAUAUUAUAAAUAACCCGGAUCUAUUAUUCAUACAUAACUGCAGGACACUUUCUAUUCGAGUUUAAAUCUGAUUUUGGAUAAAAGAAUAUUAACUAUAUCAGUUAACAAAAACUGCUGUGAAUUUUACUUCCGCUUUUUGAAAACAAAUAAACAUAACAACGACAUCAACUAUGGUGUUUGUGAGACAGAAGUUACUGAAUUAGUUGGAUGUACAGUAAUAAUAAAAGCACUUACAAAUUUUACUCCAGACUCCGACAUGACUGAUUGUUGCAGCAAAUGUGGAUCACACGCUACAGAUCCGAGGUUUACAGCCUCAGAGAUGGCACUCACUUCAGUCUUAUCUUUCAUUGCUGGUGUUGCUCUAAUCGUUCUUGUGUUCUUCAUCAUAAAAUUGGAAAGAAACAAAAAGAUGUGUUUUAGAAAGAAAGAAGAACCAUUCAAAGGCAAGUUUGAAGGAGCUAGUCAAAAGGCCACAAUAAAAGUACUGAAGAAACAUACACUUGAAAGAUCUUCAGGAAAAAGCAGGGCUAAUAAAGAGGACCAGAAAUUAGAUAUAGAAUCUGCAAAUAUAACAUCAUCUCCCGAAGUGCAAGCAGCUGUGGUUAACACAGAAGUCGAGACUAAACACUUUGAAGAAGUAAUGAACAGUGAGGAGAUUGAAAGGAACGAAAUAAAGAAUAAACAAGACACGGAAAAUAGGAACACUGAAAAUAUACCACCGACUGAAAGAAAAGAAAUAAUACAUGAACAAAAGAUAGAAAAAAUAGAAAGUGAAAAUGAAGAAUAUGGAAAGGGCAACAAUGAGACAAACGAUGUGUCUAUUGUAUCAAAUCAGGGUAACAGCGGAGAGAGUAACUGUCAUGUUGAAACAAACGGACAAAUUGAAACAGAAGUUGCCCCUGUCAUAAAUUUGCUGAGGUCCGAGAACAAAAAUGUUGUUUCGAGUCAGUUGUUUGAAAAAUCUAGAGGGAGUUCAGUUUAUGAACACGAAGAUUUGGUGUUUCAAAACGAUAACUUUAGAAUUAGUGCACUAUCAAAUAUUUGAAGAUAUGUUAGUUUCAUAUCUAUUCAUGUUGUGUAAGAGACAUUCCAUCUAGAAUUCUUUCAAUGUAGAUGCUUUUCGGAUGGCACGCAUUAUUGGGUGUUCACUAUUCUCCCAUUUUUGACAAUUUGAGGUUAUUUAGGGCAUGCAACCGUCUAUAAAAGUACUCACAUAGCUAAAAUAUUAUAUAAGCUGACACAAUAUUUUCAUCAACUAUUGCUAAAUUUUUUAUCCUCUUUACUUGCAAUAGGGAACUUAUAUACAAGCUUUCAUUUCUGUUUUGCCCUUGCAGAUUUUGGCAACUUUUUGGCAUCAACUGUACGGGAACAUGUUACAUUUAAAAUGAUAUUGUCACGUAGCGAAAGUGGUGUGCUUUGUUUCUUUUGGUGUUGUAUUGUGUCAUUACAAUUUCGUUCUGAAAGUUAAAGUUAAUUGAUCAUCAAAUGUAUUGAUGAAUAUAAUGUUGCAAGUAGAAAGUUAUUUUAGUUGAAAUAUCUGCUUUUAAGUGUCAUAAAAAGAAUUGU